AUGGCCAGUGGACAGCAAGCUCCCUGCGGGAGGCAGCCCCAGAGGAACUGCCCCACUAACCCCAAGAGAGGCCCAGCCGCCCGGGGCCAGGGCGCCCCCACGGGGCUCCAAGCCGCCCCCUUCGACCCAGGCCCGGCGUUCACACAAGACGAGCUGGGCAAGGGGAAGGCUGGGGGUUCCGACGCCCCAAGAGGCGAGAGCGCCUGCCGGGCAAUACUCGGCGCCCUUCGCCGCAAGCCCGGGCAGGGCCGACCCAGCCCGACCCCCUCCACCCCCGCUCCACCCCGGACGCCGCUGCGUCCGAAGGGAGGCAACCAGGCCCACGCUCGGGCCAAAGCCCCUGGCCGACCGCGCCCCAAGCUCCGGGCGCGGAGAAGCGAGAGAAAGUGCUCUCCCGGGGCGAGUUCCCCAGACGCCCCGCCGCCCCGGCCCCGGCCCAGGGUACCUUCCGCUCCGCCGCCUCCAGCUGCGCGGCCGGUGCCGGAGGCCGAGACUGACCCGAAGGCCCCCGCCCCGCCCUCCUUGAGCGCCGCCGAGGGGAGGAGAGGGGCGGGCCGGCAGGAGAGGGUCGGUCCGGGGGCGGCCCCAGCGCGCGGCCCGCCUCCGGCCCCAGUGCCCGACCGCCGCGCCUCGCUGCGCCCGCCGCUCGAGAGAGGUGGGCGGCGAGCGAAGCAGCGGGACCCGCAAGGACUCCGCUGGAGCCCCCCGCGGCCAGCCCCUGGGGCGGACCGGCGUCGGGAAAGUUGA